UAAUAAUCUGCUCUAGGACUGAUAGUGUACACACAACGUUUGAGCGUUGCCUAAGAAGUUUUUUUUAAAUAAAUAUUUGUUUACAUUGACUAAUCGAUUUUUUGUGUUAAACAACCUUAUAAAAAAUGCGCUAAACCUAAAAUAGCCAAAUGGAUCAUUUUAAUUUAAAAAUAUUUAUGCACCUACAGUGAAUCAGCGGCAUAUAAAAUUAAUUCGCAUUAAAUUCAAUCGAUAUUAAAAAGUUUAUAUAUUAAGGAGAGAGAAUGUAGAGCUAAAUAAUAAUAAAAAUGACAUAUGGGGAAUUGAUGCCCAAACUCAACUACAAACUGAUCAUACACAAAACCACAAAUAAAUAUGUUGCGAAAGGAAUUGUAUUGUGCAAACAUUAUACAUGUUUUACAUGUACUGUGUAUUAUUAUCAUACUCGGUUCUCAGCAUUAUUGCGUUAACUGCAUUGAAGAACUGCCGGCUCAGGCGUUAUCUCCCUUAAAUGACAUAGUCGCCCAGUUUAACUUGCCAUCAAUACCAGUUCAAUCAACAGCUUCCAGCUAUGGCAAUCGAUCAAUUGGAAACAAUAUAGAAAGUGUUAGAGACUCUCAAUCUAAAAAUUAUUUUACUCACAUGAGCUUCGACUUUAUGCACAAUGUUUUGUUUGCGGGUGCUACAAAUAAAAUACUUAAACUUAACGAAAACCUUCGAGUGCUGGCCGAGGCUGUUACUGGGCCGUUACAUGAUUCCCCGCAAUGUCACGCUGGAGGCUGUCCGGAAGAUAUUGAGACAUCGCUUGUCAAUAACUUCAACAAAAUUCUAGUAGUAAGCUACGCUCACGAUGGUAUUCUCAUAGCGUGUGGAAGCAUUCGACAAGGAGCCUGCGAAAUUUACAGCCUGCCACGUUUUCCGGCAACGCCCCAGUUUUUUGCAGUUCCAUUGGCUGCUAACGAUGAAAACGCGUCUACAUAUGCAUUUGUAGGUCCGGCGAGAUAUGCGUGGAAAGAAGAGGAUAUUUUAUAUGUGGGGACAACAUUUACGAAUGUUGGUGAUUAUCGUCAUGACGUGCCAGCCAUUUCGUCCCGCCGACUUGAUGAUUUAAACUAUGCUGAAUUUUCAAUACAGCAGUCAAUUAUAAAUAUCGAUGUAAAAUAUCGGGAUCAUUUUCUAGUCGAUUAUAUUUACGGCUUUAAUUCUUCUGAAUAUGCGUACUUCAUAAUUGUUCAAAAAAAAUCACAUUUAGCUGAUGAGGCCGGUUAUGUAACACGCUUGGCACGCAUUUGCAUUACAGAUCCUAAUUACGACAGCUAUACUGAAAUAACUGUUCAAUGCACUGCAACUGAAAACAAUGUUGACUACAAUAUUGUAAGGGAUGCGAAAGUAACUCCAGCCAGCCACAAAUUGGCGCAAAAAAUGGGCAUAAAAAAAGACGAUCACGUUUUAGUAACGGUUUUUUCGCCCUCAAGAGAAAUAAGUAAUCAGCCAGAAAGUAAGUCUGCUAUGUGUAUAUAUAGCAUUAAAGAUAUUGAAGACAUGUUCAUUGAAAAUAUCCAUCUGUGUUUUAACGGAACCACAAAAGAUCGAAAUUUGGGCUAUAUAUCCGGCACCAUUAAUGAUGGCAGAUGUCCAAUAGUUGGUUCGCUCGGUAACAUUUACAACUUUUGCUCUGUGGGACUUAAAAUAAGCGGAGUAUCCCCAAUCACUGCACACGCACUUUUUCAUUUUGAUAAUGUUUCAGUUACGUCAGUCACAGCAACUUCAACGACUGAUCAGCAGCAUUCUCUUGCAUUUCUUGGAACGAACAUGGGAGUAAUCAAAAAAGUUUUAUUAUCUGGCCAAAGUCCGGGCGAGUACGAGGAAAUAGUUGUGGAUGCUGGAAAUCGUAUACUACCAAAUACAAUGAUGUCGCCAAAAAAAGAUUUUCUUUACGUACUUUCUCAACGAAAAAUAACUAAGCUUAGAAUCGAACACUGUUCUGUGUACACGAAUUGUUCCGCUUGCUUAGAGUCUCGGGAUCCUUUUUGUGGAUGGUGUUCCUUGGAGAAGCGGUGCACUGUACGAUCAACAUGCCAGCGAGAUACAUCUGCGUCGAGAUGGCUUUCAUUAGGUAGUGGACAGCAAUGCAUAGAAUUUGAAUCUAUUAUCCCAGAGAAAAUACCAAUUUCUGAAUUAUCGCACCUGCAUUUAAUAAUUCGAACUUUGCCCGAACCUUUUAAUGCAAAAUACCGAUGUGUUUUUGGAAAUUCCACCCCCAUUGAUGCCGAAAUUCUGGAAAACGGACUCGGAUGUGCUACUCCCCCAUUAGAUGAAAGACCAUUAAUACCAACAAACACUGAUCAUAUUUUGGUGCCAUUGUCAGUAAGAAGUUCGGAGACAAAUAAGGAUUUUGUAUCAAGGAAUUUUGCUUUUUUUGACUGCUCACAUCAUGGAAAUUGCCAGGAGUGUCUACAAAGUUCCUGGGGUUGCAACUGGUGUAUUUUUGAUAAUAAGUGCGUUCACAAGUCUUUGCAAUGCCGUAACAUAGAAAAUGCUGUAAGUACUGUUGGUCACUGCCCCCACUUAAAAAAAAAUCGUCCGGAAAUACUUCUACCCGUAAGAGUGCCAAUAGAAAUUCGGCUAGAGAUUGAAAAUUUACCAAAACCCAAGAGCGCACAUGCUGGUUUUUUAUGUACAAUACAUAUUGAAGCUGCUCAGAUGCUACUCCCUGCUCACGUUGAGUCAAAUAAAAUUGUAGUUUGCGAAAAAACACCAUAUUUCUACGAGAUUAAUACACAUGAAUAUCAGGCGAAGGUUGUAGUUACAUGGAACUUCCAGCAUUAUGUGGACACCGCAAUUGUUACAUUAUACAAGUGUGACGUGUUGGGCUCCCAUCGGGAACACCCUGAUUGCAGUUUGUGCGUAACUCGAGAUCCAAAAUAUAAAUGUGCUUGGUGCAGCAACUCAUGUGUAUAUAAUGAAACUUGCAUAGCUGAUAAAAAUUCUAUCAGCUCAGGAUCUAAAUCCGCUAUAGAAAACGAGUGCCCAUUACCACGGAUUGAUAUUAUUAAACCAUUAUCUGGGCCAGUCGAGGGUGGAACUCUUAUUACAAUUGAAGGAAGUAAUUUGGGCAUAAGGGAGGAAGAUGUUCGUGGCAAAAUAUUUAUUGGUUCUGUGCCUUGUGAACUAGAAAAUUAUCAAAUAUCGGUAAAAAUUGAAUGCCGGACUGGAGCAUCACUGUACGAAAUGUCUGCACCCAUAAAAGUUGCAAAUGAUGCAGGGUUUACUGAAUCAAGUGUUCAGUUUCAUUUUAAGAAUGUGCUGUUAACAGGUUUAUAUCCCACAAUUGGCCCUAGGUCGGGAGGGACACAAUUGUCUUUAAUUGGGAAGUUUUUGAACAUUGGCUCAACUAUGCGAGCAUUUUUAGAUGAGUAUGAGUGUCAUAUAGAUGUUACACAAGCUUCAUCAUCCCAAGUUAGUUGUACUACAUCAGAAGCGACCCAACCUGAACCAAUACGGUCCCUUCAUCUAGUUAUUGAUGGUGCGAACAGAACGCUAGAAUGCCAGAUCUCAACCCCAAGCAUUACCAAUACAAAUCCGACUCGAAGUAAUUUUGGUUCUUAUCAACUCCGUUCGCUACCACGGCAACCCUGCUCUAUUUUUAACUAUACACAGGACCCGCGUAUAAUGCAAAUUAAGCCAUUGCGUAGUUUUAAAAGUGGUGGUCGAGUCCUCACCGUUCAUGGAAUAUAUCUUAAUUCCAUCCAAAAACCUGAACUAGAAGUGUUUUAUGACAAUGAAAGAGUAAAUAAAACAUCUUGUGUGGUGAUCAACUCUAAUCAAAUGGAAUGUCCAUCUCCUCCUGUAAAUUACAAAUUUGAGACUUUUAAAAAGACGAACAGAAAGAUGGAUACUGAAUUGCACUUACAAAAUUCUUCGUUUCAAACUGAAACCAGGUAUAAAAAUGAAUAUGAUAGAAAAAAGCGGCGAGCCGACUUUGGAGACACUUUUCGCUUAUACACAAAUGCAGGAUCUUCAGCCAACUAUUUUGUUAACAAUAAUAUGGACGUCACCACAUUCGUUAAGGUUCAUGAAACUCAAUUAAACUUACAACUAAGUUUUGUAAUGGACAAUGUACAACUAGUUCGAAACUUGAAUAAAUAUUUUCAUGACAUAAGGAGCACUAUUGUCUAUUUAGCAGACCCAAAAUAUUUGCCAUUUCCCAACGACGGCGUUAAACUCUACAAGGGUGACAGCUUGGUCAUAGAAGGCGAGCUAUUAAACUUGGCAGCUGAUGAGUACGAUGUAAAUGUAACUAUUGGAACUUCCCAAUGCAAUAUUACCAGCCUGGCACUUAACCAACUUUUAUGCAUUCCGCCGGAGCAACAACCACUUCCAACUGAUGAAAAUGGUGUGGAUCAAUCAACUGAUUUACCUCUUGUUGUCGUUAAAGUAGGUCGAAAUCUUCGUUUUGUAAUAGGAUAUCUUAAGUAUGAUUUAAAUAAACCCUAUGUUUUCUCACAUGCCUUGUUAGUCGGCAUAUUAACGGUAGCACUUCUGGUCGUUGUUUUUGUAAUUGUACUUAUAAUAUUCAGAAGGAAAUCAACACAAGCAGAACGCGAGUAUAAACGUAUUCAGAUACAGAUGAUUACAUUAGAAAGCAACGUACGUUCUGAGUGUAAACAGGCAUUCGCUGAGCUCCAAACGGACAUGACCGACCUAACAGCAGAUUUGGAGAGCACAGGCAUACCAACUUUAGAUCACGUCAACUAUAUUAUGAAGGUGUUUUUCCCUGGUGUAUCAGAUCAUCCUAUUUUAAAUUCUCCAAAAUUUCGUGAAGGUAGCCCACAGACUAACUAUGACGCAGCUAUGGUACAAUUUGAACAACUGAUUGGCAAUAAAUAUUUUUUAUUAAUGUUCAUAGAAACAUUAGAAGCUCAACGUUCAUCAUUUUCUAUUAGAGACCGAGUUAACGUUGCCUCAUUAAUAAUGGUUGUUUUAAUGAACAAGAUGGAAUAUGCCACGGAAAUUUUGAAGUCCCUUUUAUUACGUUUGAUAGAUAAAUCACUUGCCAGCAAACAUCCUCAGCUGAUGCUAAGGCGUACUGAAAGCGUUGUUGAAAAAAUGUUGACCAACUACCUAGCAAUUUGUAUGUACGAUUACCUGAAAGAGUACGCCGGAUCAAAUUUAUUUUUGCUCUUCAAAGCAAUAAAGCAUCAAAUUGAAAAGGGUUUAGUGGACGCAAUAACCAACGAUGCCCGUUACUCCCUUUCAGAAGAACGUCUUCUGCAUGAACAAGUUACCCAUUCUGUUGUAAUAUUGCAUAUUUUACAAGAUGAUCUUGAUGAAAAAGUCCAAUGUCGCGUUAACGAUUGGGAUACCAUUUCUCAAGUUAAGCUUAAAAUCCUCGACGCAAUUUUUAAAAACACUCCUUUCUCUAUGAGGCCAUCUGUAAACGAAGUAGACUUAGAAUGGAGGCACGGCCGAGGAGGUCAUCUUACAUUACAAGAUGAAGACUUGACAACCAAAACCGUUAACGGAUGGAAGCGCCUUAACACAUUAGCUCAUUAUGGAGUCAAAGAAUCUGCAGUAAUGUCACUAAUUGCACGUCAAAAUGAUAAUUAUCAUAUACCAUACAGUAAAAACCAAAAUUCGGCACCAUACCACAAUUUUUAUUUUAUAAACAAUUCGCAAAGUCAUAUUAUAAUUAAUAAUGAUAUCGAAUCAGGUUUGCAGCAGCCCCGGGUUUACCAUCUUGUUAAGCCCAAUAUACCUGAUCAUUAUAUGAACAUUAAAAAUUCCGUGUUAUCCGGAGGAUCACCAGCAUUUCAAUCGCAUGUCGUUAAUAAUUGUAAUGACAGGGUGAACAAAACAAUACCAGAAGUUUACCUUACACGUCUUCUGGCCACAAAAGGAACUAUACAAAAAUUUGUUGAUGAUUUUUUCUCAAUUAUUUUAACUGUUAAUGAGGAGUUGCCACCUGCCGUUAAAUGGCUCUUUGACUUACUUGAUGAAGCUGCGCGACGCCAUGAUAUUGCUGAUACUGAUAUUGUGCACGCUUGGAAGUCAAAUUGUUUGCCCCUUCGAUUCUGGGUUAAUUUUAUAAAAAAUCCGGAUUUUAUAUUUGAUGUAAAUAAAACAUACAGCGUUGAUUCCUGUUUAAGUGUCAUUGCACAAACAUUUAUGGACGCUUGUUCAACAUCAGAGCACAGACUUGGAAAAGAUUCGCCGUCGAAUAAGUUGCUGUUUGCUAAGGAUAUUCCAAACUAUAGAAUUAUGGUCAAAGAGUUUUACCGCGAUGUAUCAAGGCUUCCACAAAUAAGCGACCAGGAAAUGAGUACAGCUAUGCAACAGCUAUCAGUAAGGCAAAACGAAGAGUUUGAUACUAUUUCUGCAUUAAAAGAGUUAUACAUUUAUAUAACUAAAUAUAAGGAUCAGAUUAUGGAAUCACUUGAAACUGAUAUUAAUUGCCGAAAGAUGCAUCUUUCACGAAAAUUAGGAAAUGUUGCUGCUACACUAGAUGGUGAUUGCACAUCUAAUUGCUGACAUCAAUAUGAUUUUUUAAAAAUUUUUGUAACUUUUUUAUUUUUUAGCAAGAUAACAAUUUAUUUACAAUUGUCAAAAAAAUUAUAAAUUUUAGUUUAAAAAAUGUAUGGACUUAUACGUAUGUAAGAGAAGCCGGCUUUGUAUUAUAAGAACUAUGCCCUAUCGAUCUUAUUACGAAGAAAAAUAUACAACAUUUUUGUCAAAUUACAAUAUACGGUUAAUUCUUUGUUGAUAAAACUAUAUCUAGAGUAUGGGGGCGUUAUUUCAUUAUCCGUUACGGCUCUCUAAAGUAUAAAAAUCAAGCCAAAUUUAUUUAUACUUACUCAGAGAUGGAAACAAAAUAGACCCUACACACCAGGAAGACUACGAAGCCAGAGGGCAAAGCCCUUAGCAAGGACGAAACGCAGCAGGAGGACCAACGAAGGGAGUCUAGACUACACAGUCGAUACCGAGCCAACAGCGAACUUCGUUAGCGAAGAACUGACGGACAAACUGGCGACCCUAGAUUAUUAAAAUAAGGGAAAACUCUAUAUACCCGUC